GUUUUGUCGAGCAUUGCGAAAUCGCUUCUCUCCACGGUCUCUUCUGACUCACAGCAAGUGUCGCCCUCCCAAGCUGCACGCGAUGGAACAGAAUUUGGAUCAAGUCGUUCAGGCCAUUGCGAUUGCGUCCGAUCCAACGCGAGGAUCCUUGCACCAGCAGGCUUUGGAGUAUCUCUCAUCCAUCCAACAAAAUGCCGCCAGUGCAUGGCGCUUGGCUCUUGCUUUGUUCGUGGAAGCAAAUCCGAAUGGUUCCCGAAAAUAUCCAACACAAGCAAGGUUCUUUGCGUUACGAUUACUAGACGAAUUUCUGGACAAUCGCUUUGAGCCUCUAGAUGAUGAGUCUUUCCAAACCUUGCGCCAGUCUUUCGUAUCCUAUAUACAAUCUGAAUAUCUGUACGGCUCAGCAGAAGUUGAAGCUCCUUUCCUACGCAACAAGUUUUCACAUACUCUCACUCUAUUUUUCCUGUGCACUUACAUGGACAAAUGGCCGACAUUCUUUACUGAUCUAUUCGCGCUAAUCCGCCCUGCGGAGUCGACCUCGCAGUCGACAUUCAAUCACCAUGUAUCCCUCCUGUUCUUUCACAUCGUACUGGAAAUCUCUGGUGAAGUCGCAGAUCAGAUGAUCAAGGCGGCUAGACCCUUCAAUCAGGAACGUCACACGAGAGAUGGCAGAGUUAGAGACGCUGUGCGUGAACGAGAUGCAGGCCGUAUCAACGAAGCCGUUUUGACUAUUGUGGCGGAUGGUGCUGAGAGGAUGGCCAGGUCAAGGAAGGAGGGCGCAUCUGCAGAUCGGGAGCUGGACACGGCUAUUGAAGUAGUGGAUUGGGGAGUUCGGACGUUUGCCUCUUACGUCGGCUGGAUUGACAUCAACCUCACUGUGACACCGACGACUGUACCGCUACUAUUCAACCUUUUGUCGGAUUCUUCAUUGCCAAUCCGCUUGGCUACUUCUUCUGCUCUUGUAAAGAUCGUCGGAAAAGGCCUCAAAGAGCCGGGAGACAAGUUACAGCUGAUCAAGGUUCUGUCUCUCACUCAAGUUCUCGAUGCGCUCGAAUCCAAAACACGAGUCCAACAAGCGGCUCGUGGUUCCGACGUUGACGAAGGAGAGGAGUCAUAUCGAGAGGCUCUCGGCAGGCUACUGAAUAUCCUUGGCCUGGAAAUAUGCAAAAUCAUCGAUGAAUCUACCAUCAAUGACGUCCGCUCAGAUGCCAAUCAGAUAUUGCAGCAAACGCUUCCGAUCAUGCUGCGUUUCAUGGCGGAUGAGUACGACGAUACAGGAUCAACGGUCUUCCCUUUUCUCCAGACUGUGCUUUCGAGCUACAAAAAAUCGAGAAAGACGUCCUCAGAACCACUAGACGAACAGAAGAGAUCCUUUCUGACGUCUUUACUCAGAGUUAUCCUGCAGAAGCUCAAAUGGGAAGAAGACUGUGAUCCAGAAGACAUGGAUGAAGACGACAAAGUUGCCUUCGAGGAACUCCGCAAGGAUCUGCGGACAUUCCUGGAUGCAACGCUACUCAUAGAACAAAAUCUGGUCACGGAAGCAUUGCGAAGUCUGGUCAUCAACACUUUGACAGCAUAUCAAAGUGGCACUCCUGUCAAGUGGAACGAUGCAGAGCUAGCGGUAUACUUGGUUUACAGUUUUGGAGAAAUUAAUAAGAGCGGAAGCAAAGGACGUGCGGCGUUCUGCCAGGCUCCGGCCAUUGACAGAGAAAAGCGCAAGGAGACGGAUUACUCCGGGUAUCCGCUAACGACGCAUGGCGAAUUGCUCUAUGCCCUCGUACGCUCAGGUAUUGCGGGGUAUCCCAACAAGACUGUGGUCAUGCAGUUCUUUGAGACUGUUGCACGGUAUGGCGACUUCUUCAAAGUUCGGAAGGAUUGUAUCGUUCCAACUUUACAGGCCAUGAUGGACACUCGAGGUCUGCAUAAUCCUGUGUCGAGCCUCCGCUCACGAGUAUUCUAUUUGUUCUAUCGAUUCAUCCGAGAAAGCAAGAAUGAAAUUUCUCCGGAGCUUGCCGUAUCAUUACUGCAAGGAAUGCGCGACCUGCUUUCAAUCCAGGUGGAGCUGCCCGAGCUCGAGAAUCCUGAGCAGCAAGAUCUGUUGACAGAAGCUGUCAACAACCCGGGCAUCUUUGAUGCACAGCUGUACCUCUUCGAAACGGCUGGCACACUAGCUUCGCUCCUCUACAAGGCUCCGGAACAGGGUUCUGCGCUUCUUCAGUCCAUUGUAAGGCCAUUGCUGGCUGAGUUGUCUCUGAAUCUGCAGGCGGUGAAGGGGGUAGAGGACGUGAUGCCGAUACUAAAGGUUCAUCAUAUCAUCAUGGCUCUAGGGAAUAUUGCCAAAGGAUUUCCAGAUUAUCCUUCGCCGAUUCCGGCAGGAUACAUUCUACCACCGUUGGAUGUGUUUAACGAGGUGGCGCAAGCUAUUCUUGUGUCUCUCGAGGCGAUGAACGUAUUCAAGGUUGUGCGGGAUGCGACACGAUUCGCUUUCGCCCGUAUUCUCGCUACCACUGGACCGAAUGUCACCAAACUCAUUCCAUCCUUGAUGGCCAGCCUCUUGGCGCACUUCGAGCCCUCAGAACUGGUUGAUUUCAUGAACUUCAUCGGUCUCCUCGUUCAUAAACUGCAGGAGGAUAUGUUUGAUGUGCUCGACCAGCUGGUUGGACCGUUAAGUGCACAUAUCAACGCCAUUAUGUCUCAAGCGGUAUCGGGAACGGAUGAUGAGCUUGCUCGCGCGGAUACCAAGAAGGCCUAUCUCGCUCUUCUGAACAACAUCAUGGCUUCAAAACUGCACCCUGUUUUCAUAUCAGAACGAAACAAAGGGCAAUUGGAAGGCCUGCUGGGCAGUAUGCAGCGAUUAGCAGAAGACGUGUCAGACCCAUUCAGCCAGAAGGCGGCCUUCACAUUCUUCGCCCGAUGCGUGGCCGUAUGGGCACGGCCUAACCCGGACACGCAGGCACAGGUGCUACCUGGCUUCGAACGCUUUGUGUACGAGCGUCUGGUCCCUACAGCGUUCAUCGCACUGUCGUCGCCGCAAUUUAAUGUCAAGGAUGGUCAGAUGCUCGUAGUGCUGCAUGAGAUUUGCAACUUCUUGCAAGCCAUCUCAAAAGCCCGAGGGCAGGAAGCGUUCGAUUUCUUCGUCGCCGUCUUCCUCCCUGCGCAAAAUUGGCCUGAACCUGCUGCAAUCGAGUUCGUCACAAAAAUGCGGGAUCUUGACGCCAAAGCGUUCCGAAAAUACUUCGCUGACUUCGUUCGCGCAUCACGAUCAUAAUGCCUUCAUCCUAUAACAUGUCUUCUAUGCAUCGCUUUCUCUUCUAUUAGUCUACACACAAACAAACGCAAUUACUUAUACUGUUCAUCAACGUCUUCCUUACCGCACUGACGUAUGCAAUUGGAUCAUAAUGACUACGUCGUCCGUCAUGCAUACUCUCGAUGCGCCAGGACAUUGUAAUACUAUGCUGUGCUGAUAGAACAGCGUAUCUGUCGACCGCGAAUGAGAAUCCCCAGCAAGGAU